CAAACAUCUACAACAGAACAUACAUCUACAACAGAACAAACAUCUACAACAGAACAAGCAUCUACAACAGAACAAUCAACUACAACCACUGACCCUCUUACAACAACAACAACAACAACAGAACUUACAUCUACAACAGAACAAACAGCUACAACUACUGACCUUGUUACAACAGAACUUACCUCUACAACCGGAGAAACAUCUACAACAGAACUUACAUCUACAACAGGACAGACAUCUACAACAGAACAAACAUCUACAACAGAACAAACAUCUACAACAGAACAAACAGCUACAACUGCUGCACCUGUUACAACAACAGAACACACUUCUACAACUGGAGAAGCAUCUACAACAGAACAAACAGCUGCAACCACCGACCCUCUUACAACAACAACAACAGAACUUACAUCAACAACAGAACAUACAUCUACAACAGAACAAACAUCUACAACUGCUGCUCUUGUUACAACAACAACAGAACAUACAUCUACAACUGGAGAAACAUCUACAACAGAGCAAACAUCUACAACUACUGACCCUGUUACAAUAACAGAACUUACCUCUACAACCGGAGAAACAUCUACAACAGAACUUACAUCUACAACAGAACAUACAUCUACAACUGGAGAAACAUCUACAACAGAACAAACAACUACAACCACUGCCCCUCUUACAGUAACAACAGAACAUACAUCUACAACAGAACAUACAUCUACAACAGAACAAACAACUACAACAGAACAAACAUCUACAACUACUGCUCCUGUUACAACAACAGAACAUACAUCUACAACCGGAGAAACCUCUACAACAGAACAAUCAACUACAAUCACUGCCCCUGUUACAACAACAACAGAACACACGUCUACAACAGAACAAUCAAAUACAACCACUGCGCCUGUUACAACAACAACAGAACACACAUCUACAACAGAACAAACAUCUACAACUACUGCUCCUGUUACAACAACAGAACAUACAUCUACAACCGGAGAAACCUCUACAACAGAACAAUCAACUACAAUCACUGCCCCUGUUACAACAACAACAGAACACACGUCUACAACAGAACAAUCAAAUACAACCACUGCGCCUGUUACAACAACAGAACACACUUCUACAACAGAACAAUCAACUACAAUCACUGCCCCUGUUACAACAACAACAGAACACACGUCUACAACAGAACAAUCAAAUACAACCACUGCGCCUGUUACAACAACAACAGAACACACGUCUACAACAGAACAAUCAAAUACAACCACUGCGCCUGUUACAACAACAACAGAACACACAUCUACAACAGAACAAACAUCUACAACUACUGCUCCUGUUACAACAACAGAACAUACAUCUACAACCGGAGAAACCUCUACAACAGAACAAUCAACUACAAUCACUGCCCCUGUUACAACAACAACAGAACACACGUCUACAACAGAACAAUCAAAUACAACCACUGCGCCUGUUACAACAACAACAACAGAACACACAUCUACAACAGAACAAUCAACUACAACCACUGCGCCGGUUACAACAACAGAACACACUUCUACAACUGAACAAUCAACUACAAUCACUGCCCCUGUUACAACAACAGAACACACGUCUACAACAGAACAAUCAACUACAAUCACUGCACCUGUUACAACAACAACAGAACACACGUCUACAACAGAACAAUCAAAUACAACCACUGCGCCUGUUACAACAACAACAACAGAACACACAUCUACAACAGAACAAUCAACUACAACCACUGCGCCUGUUACAACAACAACAGAACACACAUCUACAACAGAACAAUCAACUCACGUCUACAACAGAACAAACAACUACAGCUCCUGUUACAGAAACAACACAACAGACAAGUACAACUGUCCUAACCUCUACAAGUCCUUUAACGUCUACAACAGAACAAACAACUACAACAGAACAAACAACUACAACAGAACAAACAACUACAACAGAACAAACAACUACUGCCCCAGUUACAGAAACAACACAACAGACAAAUACAACUGUACUAACCUCUACAAGUCCUUUAACGUCUACAUCAGAACAAACAACUACAACAGAACAAACAACUACUGCCGCUGUAAUAGAAACAGCACAACAGACAAAUACAACUGUCCUAACCUCAACAAGUCCUUUAACGUCUACAACAGAACAAACAACUACAACAGAACAAACAGCUACAACUACUGCCGCUGUUAUAGAAACAACACAACAGACAAAUACAACUGUCCUUACAUCUACAAGUCCUUUAACAUCUACAACAGAACAAACAACAACAACUACUGCCGCUGUUAUAGAAACAACACAACAGACAAAUACAUCUGUCCAAACAUCUACAAGUCCUUUAACGACUACAACAGAACAAACAACUACAACAGAACAACCAACUACAACAGAACAAACAGCUACAACUACUGCCGCUGUUAUAGAAACAACACAACAGACAAAUACAUCUGUCCAAACAUCUACAAGUCCUUUAACGACUACAACAGAACAAACAACUACAACAGAACAACCAACUACAACAGAACAAACAGCUACAACUACUGCCGCUGUUAUAGAAACAACACAACAGACAAAUACAACUGUACUAACCUCAACAAGUCCUUUAACGUCUACAACAGAACAAACAACAACAACAGAACAAACAUCUACAACAGAACAAACAGCUACAACAGAACAAACAGCUACAACAGAACAAACAGCUACAACUACUGCCGCUGUUAUAGAAACAACACAACAGACAAAUACAACUGUCCUUACAUCUACAAGUCCUUUAACAUCUACAACAGAACAAACAACAACAACUACUGCCGCUGUUAUAGAAACAACACAACAGACAAAUACAUCUGUCCAAACAUCUACAAGUCCUUUAACGACUACAACAGAACAAACAACUACAACAGAACAACCAACUACAACAGAACAAACAGCUACAACUACUGCCGCUGUUACAGAAACAACACAACAGACAAAUACAUCUGUCCAAACAUCUACAAGUCCUUUAACGUCUACAACAGAACAAACAACUACAACAGAACAAACAUCUACAACAGAACAAACAACUACAACAGAACAAACAGCUACAACAGAACAAACAGCUACAACUACUGCCGCUGUUACAGAAACAGCACAACAGACAAAUACAACUGUCCUAACAUCUACAACAGAACAAACAACAACAACAGAACAAACAUCUACAACAGAACAAACAGCUACAACUACUGCCGCUGUUAUAGAAACAGCACAACAGACAAAUACAACUGUCCUUACAUCUACAAGUCCUUUAACGACUACAACAGAACAAACAACUACAACAGAACAAGCAUCUACAACAGAACAAGCAUCUACAACAGAACAAACAGCUACAACUACUGCCCCUGUUACAGAAACAACACAACAGACAAAUACAACUGUACUAACAUCUACAAGUCCUUUAACAUCUACAACAGAACAAACAACUACAACAGAACAAACAACUACAACUACUGCCCCUGUUACAGAAACAACACAACAGACAAAUACAACUGUACUAACAUCUACAAGUCCUUUAACAUCUACAACAGAACAAACAACUACAACAGAACAAACAACUACAACAGAACAAACAACUACAACAGAACAAACAACUACAACUACUGCCCCUGUUACAGAAACAGCACAACAGACAAAUACAACUGUUCUAACAGCUACAACAGAACAAACAACUACAACAGAACAAACAACUACAACAGAACAAACAACUACAACAGAACAAACAACUACAACUACUGCCCCAGUUACAGAAACAACACAACAGACAAAUACAACUGUACUAACAUCUACAAGUCCUUUAACAUCUACAACAGAACAAACAACUACAACAGAACAAACAACUACAACAGAACAAACAACUACAACAGAACAAACAGCUACAACUACUGCCCCUGUUACAGAAACAACACAACAGACAAAUACAACUGUCCUUACAUCUACAAGUCCUUUAACGUCUACAACAGAACAAACAUCUACAACAGAACAAACAACUACAACAGAACAAACAACUACAACAGAACAAACAACUACAACAGAACAAACGUCUACAACAGAACAAACAACUACAACUACUGCUCCUGUUACAGUAACAGGCUCACCUACAACUACAACCACAGUCCUAACUAGUACACAACCUACUAGUGCAACUACUACUUCAUUCACAACUACAACACAAUCAGGAACGACAACUACACCUAUAACUACCACCAUCACCUCUG